AUGGAGUUACAAGAGCUAUUGUUAGUGGGCGAGAAACUGGGCCUCGAAGGUGCAACGCUGAGAGAAUGGAUUGAGAAAGAACAGGCAAAAGAUCGAGAGAAGCGAGCCGAAGAGCGUGAGUUAGUGCGAGAACGACUACGUGUGAAGGAACUAGAGGUAGCUCGGGAAAAAGAAGCAGCGCGAGCUCUAGAGGAAGCCGCUAAGGUUAGAGCGGAGGAAGAACAGCGAUGUUUGGAGUUGAGGAUUAAGCUACAGGAACUCCAAAACAAUGGGUCGGGCCAGGUCGCGACAACAACGGUUGCCCGGGAAGCCGUCAGUACGUUGCCCGUGACGCCGCAUCGGUGGCUUGCACCAUUUGAUGAGAAGAGAGAUGACCUCGAUGCUUAUCUCCUACGGUUUGAACGGCUGGCUACGGGUCAACGCUGGCCUAAAGAACAGUGGGCUACCGCACUAAGUGUAUGCCUCGCAGGAGAAUCUUUGGGCGUGUUUGCUAGACUGACCCCAGAGGACUCCGCAAAUUAUGACCAGGUGAAGAAAGCACUCCUACAGCGAUUUCGGUUGACGGCGGAGGGAUUCCGCGAAAGGUUUCGAAACGGAAAGCCCGAGGAUGGGGAAACGGGAACACAGUUCGCUGCUCGACUUAGCAACCUAUUCGACCGAUGGGUGGACAUUUCUGAGACCAAGAAAGACUAUGAAGGUUUGCGCGAUUUGCUGAUAACUGAACAGUUUAUUAAAGGGUGUCCAUCAAAGCUGGCCACGUUCCUAAGGGAAAGAAAGACAGGUACUCUAACAGAGCUAGCAACAAUGGCCGACAGGUUCCUGGAGGCGCAAAAUCAUGCCAACAGGGGAAGAGGGGAUGAGUCCAAAAUGCAGGAAGAAUCGAGACGUGUGUCGAAUGGAAGAAAUGGUCGUGAUAGAGAGGAUGUGCGCAAACAGAAGAGAUGCUACCUGUGUAAUAGACUAGGACACAUAGCUUCAGAUUGUAGAACAAGAGUAGGAACAACGCAAAGGAAUGUCACGUGUUACACUUGCGGAAAGAUUGGACAUACUGCGAAUUAUUGUCAGGAGAGAGGGUCCAAAACAUCGCAAGCAUCGUGUGUCGUUGCCCCGAGAGUAGAAGAGAAGAUGCGGGAAUGGCCGAAAGAGGGAUAUGUGGUGCUGCAGAAUGGGGAAAAGCUCCCAAUCGUGAAUGCCUUUGUAACCCGCAACACGAAAUGUUUGGGAGAUGGAAUGCCGGUGGUGGUCGGAAGACUGGGGUCACGUGAGAUCACCGUUCUGCGUGACACCGGAAGCAAUACUGCGAUCGUGCGAAAAUCGCUAGUGAGUGAGGACGACAUGACGGGAGAGACGAACCCUGUUGUUCUGGUGGAUGGGACAGUGAAGUACCUGCCUGAAGCACAGAUCAGUAUAAGGACCCCCUUCUACAGUGGAGUACUGACUGUGAAAUGCAUGGAAAGUCCACUCUACGAUGUGAUUUUAGGGAAUCUUCCCAACGUUCGAGCCCCUGACGACCCCAACUCAAAGUGGGAGGAGGAAGACGAAGAAAAUCAUUGCGAGGAAGCAUGUGAAGAGACAGGAGAAGAGAAGGAAUUUUCGGCAGCGGUGGAGACGAGACAUCAAGCCAGGGAAAGGGCACAAGGCAAGAAGAACAAGGAGCCCCUGCUAGUACCCGAGAUAGAGGGAUGGCCCGAAGAACCAGCAGAGAUAGGGAAGGCACAGCAGGAAGAUGAAAGUCUGAAAUGCUGUUUUGAGAGGUUGGGACAGAAGAUGAACUGCCGCAAUGAAAAUCACAGCUACGAAUACGUGGUGAGAGGGGGAAUGUUGUAUCGGAUGUACAGGAUGGGAGGUGGCAGAGACUUGCAACAAUUAGCUGUGCCAAAGAAAUACCGGCAGAUUGUGCUUCAAAUGGCACACGAUGGAAUCAUGGCUGGGCAUCAAGGUGUCCAGAAGACAACGGAUCGCAUCCUCACAGAAUUUUUCUGGCCUGGAGUACAAGCCGAGGUGCAGAGAUUUGUUAGAUCGUGUGAUCAGUGCCAGAGAACCACGCCAAAGGGACGAGUAUCAAAGGUACCCCUGGGAAGCAUGCCGACCAUCGAGGCCCCCUUUCAGCGCGUAGCAGUCGAUAUUGUUGGACCAAUUUCUCCGAAGACUGCGAGAGGAAACCAAUAUAUCCUCACUAUGGUGGAUUACGCAACGCGUUAUCCGGACGCUGUUGCUCUUCCAGGCAUCACGACUGAACAUGUGGCUGAAGGACUGGUUGAAAUGUUCACACGAACGGGAAUUCCCAAUGAGAUUUUGAGCGAUCGGGGUCCUGCGUUCGUUUCAGAGGCAAUGAGAGAAGUAAGUCGCCUUCUCUCCCUCAAGCAAAUCCAUACAACGCCAUACCACCCGAUGGGUAACGGGCUCGUAGAGAAAUUUAAUGGUACUAUCAAGACCAUGCUGAAGCGGAUGUGCCAAGAAAAGCCAAAAGAAUGGGACAGGUAUCUCGCGCCCUUACUAUUUGCUUACCGUGAAGUGCCGCAGGCGAGUUUAGGGUUCUCACCUUUUGAAUUACUGUAUGGUCGCCACGUGAGAGGCCCCCUAUCAGUGUUGAGAGAGCUAUGGACCAAUAGUGACAUCGAGAAUGACGUCAAGACGACGUACCAGUAUGUCUUUGAACUCCGCAAUAAGCUUGAGGAAACGUGCAAGGUGGCACAUGAGGAGUUAGAGAGAGCGGGUGCAAGGUACCGUCAGUACUACAACAGGAAGGCUCGGGUGAGAAAGUUACAAGUGGGAGAUCGAGCGCUGAUAUUGCUGCCAACUGAUCGCAAUAAGCUACUCAUGCAGUGGAAGGGGCCAUUUCCUAUUCAGAGCAAGAAGGGAGAGGUUGACUACGCAGUGGAUUUGGGCCACACAACUAAAGUGUUUCAUGUCAACAUGCUCAAAAGAUAUGAGGAGAGGAAGGAGCAUCACUGUGAAGGGAAAAGUACGGAAGCAUGCAGCGUUCUCACCAUUGAUGGAAGCGAAAGACAUGAUUCUGUGCCUAUGCUCAAUCUCGAGCAAAAGGAAGAUUGUAGGCACGUGGUAUUCGAGGCAAACCUGACGCAGCAACAACGAAAGGAAGCUGGGCAGCUUGUACAUAAAUUCCAGGAAAUCAUGUCUGAUGUGCCAGGGCAGACCAGUGUAACUACUUGCCAGCUGGAGAUGACCACUCCAACGCCCGUACAUACUAAGCAGUAUCCACUGCCAUUUGCAGUUCGAAAGGCCGUAGAAGAGGAGGUGCAGGCCAUGCUUCGGAUGGGAAUAAUUGAGAAGUCUACGUCUGCUUACGAUUCCCCGGUUCUGGUUGUACGCAAGCCAGACAACACUCAUCGGCUGUGCGUUGAUUUCCGAAAAUUGAAUGAUGGAUUAAAAGCAGACGCAGAACCAAUCCCAAGAGCAGAUCACCUUUUUGCGGAAAUUGGGAAGAAGAAAUUUUUCACCAAGCUCGACUUCAGUAAAGGGUACUGGCAAAUUCCGCUGGACGAAGAAUCAAAGCCGAUGACGGCAUUUUCAACAGCAUCGGGGCUGUAUCAAUUCAGAUACAUGCCAUUUGGAUUGAAGACCGCGCCGGCAAUCUUCACAAGGCUGAUGCGGAAACUAUUUGAUGACAUGCCGGAUGUGAAGUACUAUUACGACGACGUCCUGAUCGCUAGUGACACUUGGGACGAGCAUAUGGCGGCUCUCAGAGAAGUCUUUGGAAAGAUCCGAAAUGCUGGACUCACAAUUCGGCCAACUAAAUGUGAAAUAGGCCUUGAAGAGGUUACCUUUCUGGAGCAUAGAAUCGGAAAAGGGCAUGUAGCUCCACUGACGAAGCUGGUGGAGAAGAUACAGAACGCCGAACGACCGAAGACGAAGCGACAAGUUCGGGCAUUUCUCGGGCUCACUGGCUAUUAUCGGGAUUUUAUCCCACACUAUGCUGAAGUGGCAACGCCUCUGACAGAGUUAACGAGGAAGCGGAGCAGCAACACUGUAGAUUGGCGGGAUGAGCAUGAGGCUGCUUUCAACGAGCUCAAGCGUUUGCUGACCGUGGCACCGAUCUUGCGCCUGCCUGACCUAGGAAAGGAGUUCAUCUUGCGGACCGACGCGUCCGAUAAAAGCUUGGGAGCGAUCCUUUUACAGGAGUAUGAUGGCAUUGUGCACCCCGUCGCGUAUGCGAGUCGCAGAUUGUUGCCAAGGGAAGCAGCAUACGCAACAGUCGAACGGGAGGGUCUAGCCCUCAUUUGGGGUAUUCACAAAUUUCAUACUUAUCUGUAUGGAAAAAGAUUCGUGCUGCAGACAGAUCACCAGCCGCUUGUAUAUAUCAACCGUAAGAAACACACGAAUACUCGUGUCAUGCGAUGGAGUUUACAGUUGCAGGAGUAUGAUUUUUGUGUGCAAUAUUUAAAGGGGAGCGAAAAUGUAGGAGCAGACUACCUGAGCAGAAUAUGA